AUGCCACCGAAAAAGAAAAAGGGCAAGGGAAAGAAAAAAAAGAAGAAGGAUGGUAUGAUGAUAAAAGCUAUUUUCAAGGAAAUCCUUGGUCUCCAUUUAGCAGGUUCGAAAACCAUUUGUCUUCCAUUCUUCUUCCUCCACAGAGAAGACCGAACUGACGAUUGAGGAUAAGUACAAGAGAACCAUGGAAGAGAUUGAGUGUCUUAAGGAUGAACUUGGUAAGAAGGAAAAAAUAAAGUGGUACAUAGAUCCAUAUAUGAAUACUUGUCAUUAAUGUAUAGCUGGGUGUUAAAAUAUUCGUAGAAUAUAUACCUAGUAAUAUAAUUCUCAAAAAUUGUAACGACCACAAAAGCCACAAUUGAAAUAAUUUAGUUAUUGUAAAUAGUAAGUGACAGUCUAAUACUGCAUACACUGUAGCGUGUGAGGAUUGAAGAAUUACUGAAAUAAUAGUUCAUUUUGUUCAUUAGAUCUCAGAAAGAAUACGCAGUACUAUCUAUACUUGUUAAAAUUUUUCUUUAGCUAGGUGUGUGGUAGAUUCGAUUUUCAGGUAACUUGGGAGUUAAAUUUAAGCUGUUAAGCAGCUCUUAAUAAUAUUCUUAUGAAUAUUAGUGAACACUUUAUAUUUUGUUGAGGAUGCCUUUAGAUAUUAAUUAAUUAGAGGAGCACUAUUUAACCAUCAUAUCAGAAAUAGUGCUAUGUGAGAAAAAAAAUUUGUCAUCAUUAUUAUAAUACAGCUGCAAGAUCUGAAAUUGCACGAAGGUCCAAGGACACUGCAGAUCGUAUGAAAGAAAGAAUGAGAGAAGCAAAGGAGGAAGUUGAAACUGAGCAGCAAAAUAAACUGGACAUUUCUUCAGGUAAAUUGAGCUCAGAAUUGACAAUCAUUAUAUCACAAUGCUUGUGUUCAAGCUUCAGAGCGAAGUUAGUCACUAAACUAAAGCAAAUAGGUGACCUAACAACCCAGCAAGUGGCAGACAUAAGCUUUGAGAGUUAACUGCCACUAACUCUCUACUUAUUUCUCAGAGCCUUUGGCCAACUUCUGUUGCUUAACCCUAAAUAUUUGAAAGUCAAAACUUGGCUACAUUUAAAGCCUUUUUUAUAUUUUUAAGUGUAAGUUGAGCCUUCACUCCCUAAAAUCAAAUUGUGCUAAUUCUCUACACUGUUCUCUAUAAAUUUUUAUUACAAUGACGAGGAGAAAAUGUGUAACAAUGAAGAACUUCUGAAGUUGGUUUUAAUUUCCUUUCUUCUUAUGACCUUACUGUUUGAUUCAGUGACAAUACUGUGGGGAGAAAUUAAAUCAUAGUCACUCUUAUGUGUUAAUGGAUUAAGGGGCCAGUUCACAAAGGCAUGGUGUGGUCUAAGAAACCUAAAAUAAUGUUAUGAUGAUAAUUAAUACAUAACAAAACAUUAUUUAAAUAUACUGGUAAAUUGGAAACAUUACUUUUCAGACCUUACUCGUCAAUACAAAACAAUGCAGUCUGAGAUGGCUCUUAGGAUUCACAUGUUGGAGCAGACUGUGAAUAAGCUGAGGGAGCAGUUGGGUGAGCAUUGAUUUCAACAUGGAUGUAUAUUGAACAACAACCAGUUAAUAAUGGUAAAAUGAUAAUAGGACUGAGUGGAGUAUAAUUCAGUCUGUAACCAUGAGUGAUGAACCAAAUCAGACAACCACAAAACAGGGGUUCGAUUUGUUAAUUGCAAGUAUGAUCACAGGCAGAAUUGGACAACACAAAGUCCUGUUACCUAUUAAUAAAAACUAUGACAAAAUUUGAGAAAGAAACUAAACAUCGGUUAUAUGUGACAACAGCUCACACAUGACAAAGGCAUGACAUGUUAAGUACCCCUUUAACUGUCCUAUUAUGCUGUUCAAUUACAAGAAUGAUGCAUACACUGUCUUAUUAGUGCUCAAAUUGGUCUGGUGAUAACCAAUCACAUUCAAGAAUUUUGAUUAACUAAGUAAAGAGCACAUACAGACAGUCUAAGCUGCAGGUACUGUAGUAGAGAAUAGUAACCACUGAAAAAGACUUGUAUACUCUAAAAUAAGGCACAUUUCAAAUUCCAUAGAGCCUAUCUGCUUGAUUUAAGAGUAAUCUGCAAUUGUCAAGUCUGAAAAACAUUUGGCACAUGGUAGAUUUGAAUUUGAUAGAUUCUCUGAAUCAACUUGAAAUAAGAUGCCAUUAUUCUCUUAGAUCCAUAUGAUUUUUGAUUGAUUUGAGUAGAUUAUAUUUGAUUUGAUAGAUUUAGCAAAUCUAAUUUUCACAGCCGAGGUUUUACUUUUUGUGGUUAAUCAUUUCAACUCCAAACUGCAUGUUGUCUGAAUUAUCAAGGAGGCAGAAAUUAGUGAUCUGUUAGAUAAUGCUCUAGUUAAUCCAUACUUUAUAUUUAUAGCCUCUACAGAAGAAGAACUGAAGAAGACCAGGAAAGAGAGAGAUGAUAUCAGGCGGGAAAAAGAUGAAAUCAUUGCUGAACUCCAGUUUAAAAUUGAUCACAUGGAAUCUGCCUAUGAAAGUGUGCUUCAUGUAUGUAUUAGAGUAAAGGAAUAUCUUUCAAGAGAAAUAAGACAGCAGAGUUGAGGAGACACUUAAAUUUACGCAGGAAUGAAACCUCUCAGAUUUGAGUAAGGCAUUAAUAUAUAGAUUUAGCCAAGCCUAAAAGCAGAGCUCGCAUUUUUUUUCCUGCACGUCUCAAGGGCACAACACCUUGCCCUGGCCAGGUCUAGAACCCAGGUCGUCCAACUCGGAGCCCAGUGCACUGACCACUGGACUACUGAAUAGAGCCGUGGCGUUGGCGUGCCCGCAGAACAGUUGACCACACAUGUUAAAAGUAGCACCUUGUAUGGUCAUACAGUCAUACAGUCAUACAUCCAAAUUUUUUCAGCUUGAUGGGUUACUACUAUUUUGUAUAAUUAUGGGGCUCCGCUCUGUGAGCUACCCUAUUACAAAGCCACAUGUGUAUGUAGCUGCACUGUGAAAAAAUUUUAUUGAUUCCCCUUGUUUCCUGUAAAGGACUUGCUGUAGAUCUCACAAUACAGUCAAACUACAUGGCUAUGUACAAUAGUACAAACAACACAAGAAUGGUGUUUACAGUGAAUGCUAUGUGGUGUACUUAUUCAUUUCUUUUAACACAUUCUUCACAGGAUGCUUUUGAUAGAAUGGCUGUUAAAGUUGAGGAUGCCAGGGCACGAUGGGAGAUGGAAUCAUCAGAGAUACAGGAGAAAAAUAAACAGCUUCUUUUGGAAUUUGGCUUGAAUCCACUGGAAAUUUAAAUUACUACCUUUAAUAAAUAUUUCCCCUUCUAGUUUACCUGGUUUAGUGUGUAGAAAGUAAUAUAAGCCACAUUCGUAGAUAGAUGAAGAGCUGGUGGAAUAACUACCACAUGCAUCCUACAUACAUUUAGGUACCAGUAAUAGUGAGAAGGCAUUGGGUACAUGAUUGUUUUAUUUACAGUACCCUACACAGUCACUUUCACCCAAAGUUUCAACAUUGCACAACUAAAGUGCAAUAAAUAUAAACUUGGAAACAGUCAUGCUUAAAUUGCAAUAUUAGUGUGUCUUAAACCUACAUAUUUGAAAAUCUUAAAUAAUGUACAUGUACCUUACUACCAUGAGUGG